AUCGACACUGAAGUGAAACUUUUUAAUAUUAACAUUGUUGAAUUUUUUAAUUCUAUUACACCAUUUCGUUGGAGUAAACUUAUCAGUGACCAUCUACAGUCUGCAUUUUAGUUAAACACAAGAGGAUUCAGAGAUCACUGAAAACAUCAAACGGAUCAGUGGACAUGUGGCCUGCGAACUAUGCUAAUAUAGUGUUUGGAUGUAUUUGUUUAAUUCAAGUAUUUGUAUUUGCCGUUUCACAACACCUCGAUCUAAAUAAUGAGGACCUCACGAAACAUUUGGACAAUAUUAAAUUUUUAAACAAACAAACGGAAAAAGGCUCUCCAAAACAUACAGAUAAUUCCUUUGACUUUGAAAAUAGUGAUUUAGGCGAGCUAACCGACGAAGACAAACGUGCGCUGGACAGAUAUUCAUUUUUCGGGGGACUUGGAAAACGCGGACUCGAUAGAUACAACUUCUUUGGUGGAAUUGGAAAACGUGCUUUGGAUAAAUAUGGUUUUUUCGGUGGUAUUGGAAAAAGAGCCCUUGACCGGUAUGGAUUUGCUGGAUCAUUGGGAAAACGAGGUCUGGAUAGAUACUCAUUUAUGGGUGGAAUCGGCAAACGUGGUUUAGACCGGUACGGCUUUGCCGGGAGUUUAGGAAAAAGGGCUUUAGAUCGAUAUGGAUUUAUUGGUAGUCUUGGAAAAAGAAAGCUUGACCGAUUUGGAUUUAUGGGAGGCUUGGGUAAACGUCGUCUGGAUUCCCAUCGAUUUUUUGGAGGACUCGGAAAAAGAGCGGCGGAUCAGUACGAAAACCAAGGCGCGGCAUCCUCGGCGGAAACCGCUAAAUUGUACACAGGUGAAAAACCCAUGCAAAAACGAUUAUAUCCUUACUGGUACUACCGGCAAAGUGGAAGACCAAUAUUCACCCAAACUAGAGGAAUAGAUAGGUUCUCCUUUGCUGCAAGGCUUGGAAGGAGAUAAUCGGAGGAAAAAAUGAAAGGAGACGAUUUUAAAAUGGUCCAGAAAUUAAUUGAAACAUAUCUACCUAACUUGUUAGUAAAAUAUUUCCUCAGCCUUAAAAUUAUUCUUCAUGCUGGAAAAAUAAAGUUUCUUUGGUGCUUUGGGUAUGCUGACAUAUUGUGGGAAUUCUUUUAUAGAAAGAGAACAAUAUGUACUCUCUAUUUUG